UGUCUUUACAAUGUUCCUCUUAUUGUCUCUACACUUAAGCUACAAAACAGAAAGGACAAUUUUUUCACACACAAAAAGAGAACUUCCUUUGUCUUUUGCCACCUUCAUUUAAUUUCCUCUCUCUCCUCUCUCUCUCUCUCACCCUAUUCUUACUUCAACCAUAUGCAAACACACAAGAAUAACCUGCGACUCAAGCUUUUCCUCUAAUUAUUCGUCUCUCACACGUACCACAAAAAUUGUCUUCAUCCCUUUUCAUGUCGGUUUUUUUCUCUCAACGACAUAGAAACUAGUAUUAACCAUGAGAGGAAUAACAUCUUGUUACAAUGAACAUGCCAUUAAAGUUUCUGAUUUAUAUUGUUCAAGACCUUCAAAUCCAAAUCAUUCUUAUCUUGUUCCAAAACUCAAUAACAACCCUUCAACCCAAAACUCAGUUACUUGUAUCUACAAACUCUCGAUUCAAAAACAGGAACUUCUCAUCACAGUAACAUGGACCAAGAAACUCAUUCGUCAAGGGUUCAUCAUAAACAUCAAUUCUGAUUCUGAUUUUGUUAAUGUUAUCUCAAAAAACAGAGGAGCUGAAACGUUUCAGUUUCAAACCUUUGAAGUUAAACUCAUAUGGGAUCUUUCCACUGCUAAAUAUAAUGAAGGGCCUGAACCGGUUGAAGGAUUUUACGUCGUCGUGUUUGUGAACUCUGAAUUGGGUCUUUUACUCGGAGACAAAGAAGAAGAAUCAUCAUUGCAAGAGAAGAAAACACAUGGAACGAGAAUUUCAAUGGUUUCAAGAAGUGAAAGAUUUUCUGGUACAAGUGUUUAUGCAACAAAGGCGAAGUUUUCUGAAACGGGGAUUUUACACGAGAUAUUGAUAAAGUGCGGUGUUGAAGAUGGAUCAAAGAGUCAUUCAUUGUGUUUGUUUAUGGAUAAGAAGAUGGUGUUUCAAGUGAAGAGAUUGAAGUGGAAUUUUCGCGGGAAUCAAACGAUUUUCGUGGAUGGUUUAGUUGUUGAUAUGAUGUGGGAUUUGCAUGAUUGGAUUUUCAAUCAUCAUAGUAAUGAUUCUGUUUCUUGUGUUUUUAUGUUUAGGACAAGAAGUGGUUUGGAUAGUAGAUUAUGGUUGGAAGAGAAGAAUUUGCAGAAAGAAAAGGAACAAGAUAGAAUUGGAUUCUCUUUGUUGAUAUGUGGAUGUAAGAAACCUGAUUAAUUUUUAUGUUUUGGUGUUGAUUUAACUGGUUUUUUUGAAGAAAAACUGAUAACAUAUGUCACAUGAUAACAUAACAUAUGUUUUUGAUUUGUCAUUUAAUGUCUGUUAUGAAAGAAUGGGGUGCUAAUUUUAAGGUAAUUGUUGUGAUUA